CGCCCGCCCGCCCCGCCGCCGCCGCCGCCGCCGCGACACUACCACCGAGAUCGGCCCAGCUACGCGGAGAAAGGCCUCCCAGAGCCCACCGCCACCGCCCCGCCUGACAUUGUGACUGAUGAGAUUUAAAGGCCAUGGAUGAGGAUGGGCUUGAACUACAGCCACAUGAUCCACAUGCGUUUUUUGAUCCAACAGGAGCUGAUGAAACACAUUUGAACGGAGAUGAAAUCGUUGUCGAAAUACAGGAAACUGUAUAUGUAUCAGAUGUAGAAGAUUCCGAUAUAGCUGUACAUAAUUUUGUCCCUGAUGAUCCAGAUUCUGUAGUAAUUCAAGAUGUCAUUGAGGACGUUGUUAUAGAAGAUGUUCAGUGUCCAGAUAUCAUGGAAGAUACAGAUGUGUCUCAAACUGUCAUUAUUCCUGAACCAGUGCUGGACACUGAUGUCACUGAAGAAGUGUCUUUGUCACACUGCAGUGUUCCAGAAGAUGUUUUAUCAUCUGAAAUUACAGCUUCAGCCAUGGCAAUACCUGAACAUGUACUCACAAAUGAAUCAAUACAUGUACCUGAUAUUGAACACAUGGAACAUGUUCAUGACCAUAAUAAUGUUGUAGAAGCAGAAAUUGUCACAGAUUCUCUUGGAGAAGAUGUAGUUUCGGAAGUCUUAGUGGCAGACUGUGCUUCUGAAGCUGUAAUUGAUGCCAGUGGAAUAUCUGUGGAGCAUAAUGAUGAAAAAAACAACUGUGAAGACUAUCUGAUGAUUUCCUUGGAUGAUGCUGUCAAAACCGAGGCUGACAAUUCUGUUGACCUUAAAUCUGAGUCAGAAAGUGAUCCAUGUAAAAUGGAUGGCAUUUGCCCAGAAGUCAUCAAAGUCUACAUUUUCAAAGCUGAUCCUGGAGAAGAUGACAUAGGAGGCACAGUAGACAUUGUGGAAAGUGAAUCAGAAAAUGACCAUGGUGAAUCUUUAAUUAAUCAAAAUAGCAGUGUUCGCAUUCCAAGAGAAAAAAUGGUCUAUAUGACAGUAAAUGAUUCUCAGCAUGAAGAUGAAGAUUUAAAUGUUGCUGAAAUUGCUGAUGAAGUCUAUAUGGAAGUGAUAGUAGGAGAGGAAGAUGCAGCAGCGACUCAUGAACAGCAAAUUGAUGACAGUGAAAUCAAAAGCUUUAUGCCAAUAGCUUGGGCAGCAGCUUAUGGAAAUAAUGAUGCAGUUGAAAACCGAAAUGGAACUGCAAGUGCCCUCUUGCACAUAGAUGAGUCUUCUAGUCUUGGGAGGCUAGCAAAACAAAAACCAAAGAAAAGGAGAAGACUGGAAUCCAGACAAUAUCAAACAGCCAUAAUUAUUGGGCCUGAUGGCCAUCCUUUGACCGUCUACCCUUGUAUGAUUUGUGGAAAGAAAUUUAAAUCCAGAGGCUUCUUGAAAAGACACAUGAAAAAUCACCCAGAGCACCUUCUUGCUAAGAAAAAAUAUCGAUGCACUGAUUGCGAUUACACUACAAAUAAAAAGUUAAGUCUGCAUAAUCAUCUCGAGAGCCACAAGCUUACUACCAAGACUGAGAAACUAAUUGAAUGUGAUGAAUGUGGGAAAAGUUUUUCUCACGCAGGAGCUUUGUUUACACACAAGAUGGUGCACAGGGACAAAGCAGCAAACAAAAUGCACAAGUGCAAAUUCUGUGAGUAUGAAACAGCAGAACAGGGAUUACUGAAUCGUCACCUUCUAGCUGUACACAGCAAAAACUUUCCUCAUAUUUGUGUGGAAUGUGGAAAAGGAUUUCGGCAUCCAUCAGAGCUCAAGAAACAUAUGCGAAUCCAUACUGGUGAAAAGCCCUAUCAAUGCCAAUAUUGUGAGUAUAGGUCUGCUGACUCUUCCAACCUGAAAACUCAUGUAAAGACUAGGCAUAGUAAAGAAAUGCCAUUCAAGUGUGACAUUUGUUUUCAAAUAUUUUCUGAUACCAAAGAGCUGCAACAGCACAUUCUUAUGCAUCAAGAAAGCAAAACACACCAAUGUCUGCACUGUGAUCACAAAAGCUCAAACUCAAGUGAUUUAAAAAGGCAUAUAAUUUCUGUUCACACAAAGGACUACCCCCACAAGUGUGACAUGUGUGAUAAAGGCUUUCAUAGGCCUUCAGAACUGAAAAAACAUGUUGCAGUGCACAAAGGGAAAAAGCUGCACCAGUGCAGACAUUGUGACUUUAAGAUUGCAGAUCCAUUUGUUUUGAGUCGUCAUAUUCUCUCAGUUCACACAAAAGAUCUUCCGUUCAGGUGCAAGAGGUGUAAGAAAGGGUUCAAGCUGCAAAUGGAACUCAAAAAACACAUGAAAACACACAGUGGUAGAAAAGUGUAUCAGUGUGAGUACUGUGAAUAUAGCACUACAGAUGCCUCAGGUUUCAAGCGGCAUGUUAUUUCCAUUCAUACAAAAGACUAUCCUCACCGUUGUGAAUUCUGUAAAAAAGGCUUUCGGAGGCCUUCAGAGAAGAAUCAACACAUUCUGCGACAUCAUAAAGACAUUGGGUUACCGUGAGAAUUCAUAGAUAGGGAUUUGGGAAGGGUGUAAAAGAUUUGCUUUUUAGGCAGUCAUUGUAUUUUAAAGCAGAUCUUACAAAUGAAAUACUGUGCAUUUGAUUUAGUGCUGUAUACAUAGGAAUAUUGCUUCUAGUUGACUUUUAUACAUUUUGUUCAUUAGUGUGUUCUGACUUAUCUUCCGUUUGUUUAAUAAAUGAGGAAAGUUAGCAACAAUAAAGUUGCAUUUAAUAAAGUAAACUUUGUCUGAUACUAAAUUUCUCAAUUACAUUAAUUCUCCAAAAUGUUUGCCUGCCAUGCCAAUUCAAUUAAAUUUCUAAUUGCUCAAAGAUGACAUAUAGAGAGGGCUGUUCAAAAAUCAGAGCAGAAUUAAUGUCAAAAUAUUGCAUUGUACAAUAGGAUCCACUUGGUUGUCCCAUUGAUAUUUAAGGAACUUAUGACAAGCUAUUCAUUGAAGUGGUUAUUUAACUGUUUUCAAUACUGAGGUUAUUUCUUUAUAGUAUUGAAUACUUCCAUAAUAAGUAAGAAAUACAUUGGUUGCUGGGAGCAUUUAUUUUCAAUAGGUGUGAAUUUUAAAGAAAAACUUGAGGCACUUGUUCAUUAAGUAUUCAUUAUCUGCUUCUCUGCCUUUUUGUUCUGUAUUGCAAAUGUAAUUGUAUUUUUGAAACAUAUUGUUUCAGUUGUUAACAACAGAUACUCAAUUGACUGUUGCUAAGUUUACUCCAAAUUAAAUGCAGUUUUAUUACAAGACUCCUAACUGUAUGGAAUUUUUGGUUUGGUCUCAUUUUUAUCUACCUGGAUCUUUGGACAGCUUUCAAAAAUAAAUCAUUUGGAAAGAGAACAGGUGGAGGAAUAAAUAAUAGAAGCAGGUCAUUUUAAAGAAACAUUUUCUUCCAGUUUUAAAAUUUUUAUUCUUUUAGGGACACAGAAUUUUCCUUACCAAAAUAAUUUCAGUAAGAAGGAAUUAGACCUUCACGCCUAUAGCUAUUAAGCAGUAACAUUUUAAUUAUCCAAUUAUUUCUGUCCAUUUAUACAUUUAUGGAUAUAUGUUGAAUGACCACCUAUGCUUUAAAAUUAUUGCUAAGAUAAAGCUGCUUCAGUCUGUUUCAUGGCAAAUGUUUCAUUAGUUUAUAAUGUUCAAAAGCAUGCUGGAAACUUGAUGAAUAAAACAUUUCACAUUUCAAGUGAAAUAAAAGCUAGUUUUUAAAAAUGUGAUAUUCUGACUAUGUUCUGUUAGAUUGCUUUUUGUCAUCUGUCCACCCUAACUUUGGUUCCUUGAAUUCACUGAUCAAAAAUGUAUUGAAAGUGAACAAAAGUUUAAAAUAAGCAGUUCUGCAUCAUGCUUUCCCAUCUCUCAUCCCUCCUUUCCUUUCAUCAGAAACUUAAGGAUUCCAAGUCAUCAGUUUUAUACCAUAUAUUACAUUGUCACAGAUUACAAUGUGUGUACGUACACUCCUUCACAUAGCUCGAUAUUCCCUGGGUGAUUUAUUUUAAUAUAAAAUUAGAGUUAUAAUGCAAAUAGCUGUGAUGCAAACAAAAGCUUAAUGUUAACAUCUUAUUUUGUAUGAAUUGUAAGAUGUAUGUGGAAGUAUGUUUGUUUCUGACCUUUUAAUGUGUAUGAACUGUUGCAUGUUCACCAAAUUCUUAAAAAAUAUUGGUAAAAAUCUUAUUAUUGUUGAGCACGCUCUUAAGCUCUAAAUCACACAGCUCCACUGUGCACAUUAUACUGUCAUAAAUUAAGUGGAAUGUGUGAAAUUGUAUGGAACCCUUUAAAGCUUUUGCAUUGUGGUGAUAACUAUUGCAGGGUUGAGGUCUAAAAGCACUUCAGUUUAUUAAAGCAAGUGUUUUCAAAAUCCAGCAGUUAUCCAUGGAAUGUAGGUGUCUCAUUUUUUUUUAUUGAAGUCCUACAUAGAUUCCUUUGCACACAAAUAAUUUUCAAGCUAUUAAGAUCUAUUAACUUUUGUCAUAUUCAGAGGUAUUACCAGAAGUAUUACCAUACUGGAAUUUUUUUUAACAAAUUUCAGACAUAAGAAACUUGGUUACUUCCUAUUUCACUAAUACCACCUGGAAUCAUAAAUAUAUAUACAUUGAAACAUUUUUGACAAUGUAGAAAAAGCAAUUAAGAAUUUAUCAGUUGAGUGGAUUUUGUACAAUGUGGCUGUAUAAAACGCAAAUGAAAACUAGUUAUUGUUAAUGUACUGACAUUAGUUAUAAACUAGUUUUAUUUGAUUAGCAAACGCUAUAAAAUUGAUGUUGAAAUUUCAUGUCUUAAAACGGUACAUUAAAAGGACAUAAUACAAAUAAUUGUUCUGUAAAAUGCUUGUUAAGUACUUGAUGUCCCUCCCUCUUGUACACUAUGUAAAAAUGAAAAAACAAAUUACAUAGACUCAUAUAUAGGGAUGUGUGACGUAAUGUGUACUUGAUAAUGUGAAAAAAUAAAAAUCAAAUUAUUUUCCUGUUAA